CUCCGCCGGAGCCGGACCAUCCUCACAUGGAGGUUGCAUCAAGGUCCUCCCCGGCCCGCAGGGGCCCCGACAGGUCCCUGCUGGUGCCCACCGUGCUGCUGUGCGUGUACGGCUUCUUCUCCAGCCUGCGGCCGUCGGAGCCGUUCCUGACCGCCUACCUGCUGGAGCCCGACAAGAACCUGACGGAGACGCAGGUGGUGAACGAGAUCUACCCGGUGUGGACGUACUCCUACCUGGCGCUGCUGCUGCCCGUCUUCCUGGCCACGGACUACGUGCGCUACAAGCCGGUGCUGCUGCUGCAGGCGGCCAGCCUGGUGGCCACCUACGCCAUGCUGUGGCGCGCGCGCGGCCUGGCCGCCAUGCAGCUGCUGGAGUUCCUGUUCGGCCUGGCCACGGCGUGCGACGUGGGCUACUUCUCCUACAUCUACAGCGUGGUGGACCCCGCCCACUACCAGCGGGUCACGGGCUACUGCCGCAGCGUCACGCUGUUCGGCUCGGCCGCCGGCUCCCUGGCCGGCCAGCUGCUGCUGUCGGUGGACGGCGUGAAGCUGGAGCACCUGGUCAUCAUCACGCUGGCGUCGGCCGCCGUGGCCUUCGCCCCGCCCUGGUUCCUGCCCAUGCCCCGGAAGAGCCUGUUCUUCCACAACAGCGCCGCUGACGGGGACGGGGAGCGGCCACGCGGCUCCUCCCACACGGACAACGACGCCAACGAUGCGGAGAGCAAGACGCCGAUGGUCCCCGGGGCUGCUGGGACGGGCGGCGGUGGGACCGGCCCGGGGGCGGUGCUGCGGGCGCUGCGGGACGACCUGCGGCGCUGCUACGGGCGGCGCCCCCUGCUGGCCUGGUCGGCCUGGUGGGCGCUGGCCACCUGCGGCUACUACCUGAUCGUCAACUACAACCAGGCGCUGUGGGAGAAGGUGCGGCCGUCGCUCGACUACGACAUCUACAACGGCUACGUGGAGACGCUGUCCACGCUGCUGGGGGCGCUGGCGGCGCUGCUGGUGGGCUACCUGCCCGUGUCCUGGUCCCGCUGGGGAGAGCUGGCGCUGUGCGUGCUCUCUCUGCUGAUGGCGGCGUGCGUGUUGACCAUGGCGCUGCUGCGAGACAUCUGGGUCUGCUACGGAUCCUACGUGCUCUUCAGGAUCACCUACAUGCUGCUCAUCACCGUGGCAACGUUCCAGAUCGCUGCCAGCCUGAACGUGCAGCGCUACGCGCUGGUGUUUGGCGUCAACACCUUUGCGGCGCUGGCGCUGCAGACGCUGCUCACCGUGGUGCUGGUGGACUCGGCCGGGCUGGGACUGGACGUGUUCGCCCAGUUCAUCAUCUACGGGGCGUACUUCGCCAUCAUCGCCGUCAUCUUCCUCAUGGCCGCGCUCUGCAGCUGGAUCAGGAGGCGUGGCCAGGAGGAAACCCACCACCCAGAAGAAGAGGAAGUGGUGUUAAACUCCGCCCCCAACGGCGACGCCAGCCCCUGCCGGCAGUGACAGGUGGGGAACCCCCGCCCCGGGGCCGCCCCGGGCCCCACGCCAGCGUUUAGGACAGAGCAGCACUGAAACAGAUAAAAACACACUUCCUCCACAGGUGGACUUUCCUUUCCUUGCAGGCACAAGGGCCACGGUUCCAUGAUGGUUUUUAAUUCUGAAUUAAAUAAUUCAGAAUUAAACUAUUUUCCUUCGAGUUUACAUGGAAAUAGUAAUUCCGCAUUAAGGUUUACGUGGAAAACACUAAGUUACGUCUACAGGGAAAAAAACAAACUUAGCCGCUACAACUUUGAAAAGCUCACAAUUUUUAUUUAGUUUCCUGCCAUCUUUUCUUUUAAUUAUUUCCAGGUCCUCCAAGCUAUUUAUUAAAUAAAUCGACUCACCGUUUACUUCGUGCUGCCAUCUUGAAACUAGUGAUGCACCGAAUGUUCGGUAACCAAAAUUGUUCAGCCAAAAAUAGCAAAAAAAAACACUUUCAGUGUUCGGUAGAAUAAUGGGGGAAAAAACCGAACAAUUAAUAAUUAAUAACAAUCAAACAGCGAUUUUUACAAUUAUUAUACUAUAUAAGGCUUCAAAUUGCGGAGAUCAGCCCCACCACGACCUGAAUAAUUGGAUUUGAACGGGAGAAAAUGAAAAAGGAUUAUGAGAAAAAAUACAAUCAGUACAGUAAGACAAAUUGUGACUGGCGGGUUUUUCACUGCACAUUUAUUUGAUUUAUACAAUGGUGAAAGAAUUGGCAAAAUAAAUGAAAAACUGCGAAGAACCACUAAUCGGUAUUAUUCGGCCAAGUGUUUAUUAUUUUCUGUUUCGGCCACAAAUUUUCAUUUCGGUGCAUCACUACUUGAAACUUUGUUUGGAAAACCAGCCCAGUGCGGAAUAUAAGAUCAUGGAGACAGACGGGCGAGGGAACGAGCAGAAAGAAAGACCGGAAUUCAUUUAAAGAGGAAUGAGUGUUUACAUGAUCGCAGAAUUAUUCUAUUCGGAUUUAAAAUCUGAAUAAACCAGCCACUUACUUCAGAAUUAAGUUUAAUUCGGAAUGACCAUUUUCAUUCGGAAUUAGGUGUUUACACGGUAAUUUUUACUCAUUUUAAAUCUGAUUUAAUUUUAAUUCUGAAUUGAAGAGGAAUUAAACUUCCCAUGUAAACACACUCAUUGUCGGCUAGUUUUGAAGAUUUUCCACUUAAUUAUUUGUAGUUUAAAGUGUUGCAUUCACAUUACAAAUCAUGUUUUAAUGGCAGGAGCAAGAAAACUAACAAUAAUAAUAAUAGUAGCAAGGGAAAAGGCCCGGCUUUAAUUUGAGGAAAUACGAUAGGUUGAUAUUUAAGUAGUAAUUAUUAGCUAGUAGUUACUGUCCUUAACUAUGGCCAGUAAUUUAUAAUUAAAUGUAGCAUAAAUUAACAAUCAGAAAACAUACUGUGAACUAUUUCUGGAUUUAACUGUUACUGGCUUGAUGGUGUUAAAAAAAAAAGACAGAAAAAGUGCCAAAACGUACGUAUGUAUACAGGCACUUACUUCGGAAUUAAGUUAAAUUCAGAACAGCCAUUUUCAUUCAGAAUUAGGUGUUUACAUGGUAAUUUUUACUCAUUUUAAAUCAGAUUUAAUUGUAAUUCUGAAUUGAAGAGGAAUUAAACUUCCCAUGUAAACGCACUGAAUGACCAGAUGCAUCAUGGGUGUUUUUCCCUGAGGCGUGUUCGUGUGUCGCCGGCCGCAGAUGCAAACACGGACGUGUGGUCGAGACGCUCUUGUGUCUGCAAAGAAAGGAAAGAAUCACCUCUUCUUCUUCUUCUUCUUCUUCUUCUUCUUCUGCUUUUUCCGACUCUCCCGUGUUACUUCCAGCCAGUAGAAUCCAGUUACUCCCAUUUCUGUUAGUUUCUAAUCGGAGCGGUCCGAGUUUUUAAGUGGGAACAAGUUUACGCUGCAGGACGAGUCGGCCCGGCGGCCGCUGGUGCGUCGGGGGUUUCCUGAGGCGGUUUCUGUUGCACUAGGUACGAUGACACUCAAAUUAAACCGUAUUUAUGAAAUAAACCAAAAAGAACGUUACUUAGACCAGAACACUGUAAAGUGGGUUACUCUAGCACUGAGGCUGGAGCUGUCCCUUAAUUAGCACCUUAAUUAGCACUUCCUGAAUCAACAUGUCGUCUUUGAGUGUGAUGUCUGUAUUUUACCUGUAUUUUUAGUGUUUAAGUGCCUGAGAUGAUCAAAAGAGAAUCCGAGCUGUCGACACAGAUCUGUAUUUUUAACCUCCCGUUAGGGUCGAAACCAGGGGUGUCAAAUGUGCGGCCCGCGAGAAGUUUCCAACGCAAAAAAAUGAAAUGUUAAUUUGCUAAAAAGGAAGGCAUAAAUAAUUGCCAUGAAUUGUAUGGAGGAUUUUUUGUGCCAAAAUUAAAUAAAUAAAUACAUCAAUAAUUAAUUAAAA